UGCCACACAGAAGACCAUGAUGAGGAUGAAGAUGGAGAUCUGAUUGAUGAAGCCGAGGUAGACGAGCUGUUCCAUCAACAGGUUCCCAAAGUCAUCGGAGACGGAGAACACAGGAUCUUCAUUGUUCACCCCGAUGUGAAAUGGGGAAGCAGAAAGCAGUAUCUCACAACGGCGGAGCUGAUGGUGGACGAGGCCGUUGGUCUGGUGAACACCUUGGAAAACUGGAGGGUCGUGGACAAGAUCAUCCUCUCCACUAAGACGCCAGAGAAAAGGACGAUUUUUGGCAAAGGGAACUUCCAGUUUCUCACAGAAAAGAUUAGGCAAACCCCAGGGAUCACUGCCGUGUUUGUGAACGUGGAGCGACUUUCUCCUUCAUCUGAGAAAGAGUUUGAGGACGCCUGGGGUGUGAAGGUCCUGGAUCGCUACUCGGUGGUCCUCCACAUAUUCCGCCGCAACGCACGGACGCGUGAGGCGAAGCUACAGAUCUCUCUGGCGGAGAUCCCCCUGCUCAGAUCUCGCCUGAGAAACGAAAUAGCAAAUUUUGACCAGCAGGGCGGCGGUAACAGAUACAUCGGCGGCUCAGGCGAGACGCUGCAGGAGUUCCAACAGAGACAACUGAAAGAGCGGGAAACGAAGAUCCGCGUGGCCCUCGAGCAGCUUCGAAGGAAGAGAAACCUGCUGCGCUCCCAGAGGAAAGACAAAGACUUCCCAGUCGUCUCGGUGAUGGGAUACACCAACUGUGGAAAGACCACUCUGAUCAAAGCACUGACCGGGGACCGCGCCCUCCAGCCCAGGAACCAGCUGUUCGCUACGCUGGACGUGACGGUGCACGCCGGCCAGCUGCCCAAUCACAUGACCGUGCUCUACGUGGACACCAUCGGCUUCCUGUCCCAGCUGCCCCACCAGCUCAUCGAUUCUUUCUCGGCCACCCUGGAGGACGUCAAACACUCGGACCUCAUAGUGCACGUGCGAGACAUCAGCCACCCGGAGACGGUGAACCAGAAGGUGAACGUCCUCAACGUCCUGAAAAGUCUGCAGAUCCCAGACCGCCUGAUGAGCUCCAUGAUCGAGGUCCACAACAAGAUCGACCUGGUCAACGACUACCACCCCACAGAGCCUGAGACCGUGGCUGUGUCGGCGCUGACGGAGCAGGGUCUGGACCGGCUGAAGGCGAUCCUGGAGGACGAGGUGGUCCGGUCCACCGGGAAGCUCAUCUUGAACCUCGAAGUAGACCUCAGCUCAGCCCAAUUAAGUUGGCUGUACAGGGAGGCCACCGUACAGGAAGUGACUGUGGACGCCGACGAAGGAUCGGCAGUCGUCAUGGUGAUCAUCGGCACGGCGGCAUACGGGCGCUACAGGAAGAUGUUCCCGGCCAGAUCCUAGAGGCGGCGCAAGGUCCCCCCUGCUACCGUACGUCACACGCCGUCUCGCGGAGACGACCGCUUCAGUCUUCUUCCAAAGGAGCACUCUACUCCCAAGUCUUAAAUAGUUGGGGUACACAAAGACAUUAUGGGGACACAGGGACACGUGGGUGUUAAUGAGCGGACCCUCCUUUCGCCAAUAGGAAAAACGUCCCAUCCCUCAAGAAUAUCGUUUUGUAAACAAUUUGAGCCAAACGUGAGCGAUGUCAGGAUAACGUCGCACUCCUACAGCAGUGUUUUCCAAACGCUGCUUCCAUUUGAUUCCCCCUGGCUAUUUUCCCUUUCCGCUACAGAGAGAAAAAUACAUUUACGUUCAGCGUCAUCUCAUUUAUUUGUUUUUCUUUGAAAUAAACUAAAUUAUUUGGUACAAACAUUAUUGUUUAUAGUCAUUU